CACAUCCAUUCUGACUUUGACACACACACACUUGCAAACUCCAUUUCAGCCACCUCUCGCACUGAGGUGCAGGGUGUCAUCUACGCACGCCACCUGUCAGCUUUAGAAAGAGUCUCCACCAAACGCUUGUCCACCCAUAACCCGGCGGAAAACACCCAGGGGUGGGAACUGAAAAGGGGCAUGCACCACCAGGCUAAGGAAGAGGGGGACCCUCCAAAAUUGCAGGGGGAGGAGGAGGGGGACUCGAACCCCACAGGCUCUUCGGGAACCCAGUCUGCCCCCUCUCCCGAGACCACUAUGGAGGGGGAAACUCAGCUGGAGGAAGAGGGGACCCCUGCUCUGACCCCCUACCCCAACAGUAGGCACGGGGGGUCCUGUCGCCCGGGGUGUCUACUAGUGGCCCUGAUCUUGAUGCUCAUCUCUCUCCUCGGCAGCUGGGCGGUGGUCCACCUCACCCUGGGAUCCCGCGGAACCACGCCCUUCAGGAUCCAGGCCAGUUAUGACCGGCCGAUCGAGCAGGACGCCACCGCCACCAUCGACCCGGGUUUCACCACUACCAUCGAACCGGGCUUCACCACCAACUGCACAGUGGAUCCCUACCCAAUCCACAACAUCACCCUCCAGGGCCAGUACCACUGUAACCAGGGCCCAGGGGUCCCUCUUGGACAGCUGUGUGACUUCAAGAUGGACUGCCCGCUCGGCGACGAUGAAGGGAGCAUGUGCCGUCAGUUUCUCAAUGGCAGCUAUUGCUCCUUCGAGGACGGUGAGUGCGGAUGGCAGCCAAUUGCAGCCAAGGGAUCUUCCUGGAGGCGUGUUCGCACCAUUCCAAAGAAGGUGCGGCCUAGCUGUCCAUCAUCCUCAGGUGCCAUGUUCAGUGUGGAUGGAGGACAGUCCAAGGGUCAGCAGGGGUCCGCAUUGCUCAGGAGCCCUCUCUUCCCUCCUCCCCUACGGAACUCUCCAUGUGAGGUACGGUUCUGGAUGUGUUCCGGAGGUGGCCAGAGGUGGGCGCUAUCUUUGUGGCUGGUGGAGAACAGCACAGGACCUAAGGAGCAGCGCAGACUGUGGCACUCUGCCAGCGAGCCCAAAACCGAGAGAGGCUGGAGACUCAUUAUGCUUCCUCUCUACGGACUUGUUGACUGGUUCUGGCUCCAGUUCAGCGCUGACAAUGGGCCAGGUCCAGGAUCAGCCAUUUGUCUGGAUAACAUCUCCUUCAGUAUGGACUGCUUCCUGGCCUCCAAUGGCGACUUUCCUCCUACAGUAACUGGCAACACUAAACUGCCAAUGAAACCAACCAAUCAGAACAUCAAAACAACCACCCCGUCCAAUGGAAACUCAAGAACCUUGUCAGAACAUCCAACUCUGACUGCCUACACCAAAUGGGCCUUUCACACUUGUGGGGCAGUGGGUUCAGAGGGGCCCACCCCAACCCAGUGUAGCAGCUCAUAUCGGAACAGCAACAUCAACGUUACCGUGGUAACCAGAAGCCCAUUCAAAGGCAUCCAAAUCUGGAGAGUGCCGGAGACUGGCAGCUACAGGAUCACAGCUUGUGGGGCAGCUGGAGGUCGCAGUGUAUUGACCAUGACCAAGUCACAUGGUGUCCAACUCACAGCAGACUUCCUGCUUCAGGAGGGCGAGUUGCUUCACAUCCUGGUGGGCCAAAAAGGAGAGGACGCCUGCCCCAAUACCAACGAGAUCCUAAACAAGAUCUGUGUGGAGCAGAUGCCAUUGGAAAACAAGACGUGGGUCCAAGGGGGCGGGGGCGGAGGAGGCGGAGGAACCUAUGUGUUCAAGGUGCAGAGGGGUGUCCACAUCCCCCUGAUCAUCGCAGGUGGGGGUGGGGGACGUGGGUACAGCAGCCAAUCCGACAGCCAGGAUGAGUUGAUGGACGACCCCAAUGUACCAGGGCUCAAUGGGAAGUCUGGAGCAGCAGGUGGAGGCGGAGGUUGGCAUGACAGUAACCCUGGGUCUCAGGGCGGGAGACCCCUCAUACUCGGAGGCCAGGGGGGGCAGCCCUGCAUUAAGUUCAGCUGGGAGACCCGAGGGGGUUUCGGGGGAGGGGGAGGUGCCUGUACAACCGGUGGUGGAGGAGGGGGCUAUAGAGGUGGCAACACCUCUGAAGCUAAUGACCCAAAGCAGGAUGGAGACGACGGCUCCUCUUUCAUCAGCUCAGAGGGAGAGACCUUCCUGGACCCUCUGAAAGGUAUGGAAAGUGACGGAGAGGUGAUCAUCGGCCCCGUGCUAAACUGUAGCCACUGUGAGACGGGCGAAUGUCACAAGAACGAGGAGGGGACCUUGUGUUACUGUGACGUGGACUUUGUACUGGCCCGCGACGGUGUGUCUUGUAUCAACUCAUCAACAGAGGUGUCUCCCCUGCCUCCCCAGCCCUCCCUGUCCCAGUUGGCCCUGGUUUUGUCUGUGGGGACUUCAGCCCUCAUUGCUACCCUGCUGUUGGCUGUGUCUGGAGUCAUGAUCAUGUACAGACGUAAGCAUACAGAGCUCCAGUCCAUUCAGCUGGAGCUCCAGAGCCCGGACUGUAAACUGAGCAAGCUGAGGGCUUCAACCAUCAUGACUGACUACAACCCCAACUACUGCUUCGCUGGGAAGUCCGCCUCUGUCAACGACCUGAAGGAGGUGCCCCGACGCAACAUCUCCCUCACCAGGGGUCUGGGACAUGGUGCCUUUGGUGAAGUGUAUGAAGGGAUGGCAGUGGGGAUACCUGGAGAGCCCAGUCCCAUGCAAGUAGCAGUCAAGACACUCCCUGAGGUGUGCUCUGAGCAGGAUGAGCUCGACUUUCUCAUGGAGGCUCUCAUUAUCAGUAAAUUCAGCCACCAGAACAUAGUGCGGUGUAUAGGGGUGAGUCUACAGGCCCUACCACGCUUCAUCCUAUUGGAAUUGAUGGCUGGAGGAGACCUCAAGAGUUUCCUGAGAGAGACGCGACCCAGACUGGAGCACCCUUCUAGUCUAUCCAUGGAGGACCUGCUCAAUGUGGCCAGAGACAUAGCACAGGGAUGCCAAUACCUGGAGGAGAACCAGUUUAUACACCGGGACAUUGCGGCCCGGAACUGCCUGCUGACCACCAAAGGACCGGGGAGAGUGGCCAAGAUCGGGGACUUUGGAAUGGCCAGAGACAUUUAUAGGGCCAGCUACUACAGAAAGGGUGGGCGCGCCAUGCUGCCUGUGAAGUGGAUGCCUCCGGAAGCCUUCAUGGAGGGGAUUUUCACAUCCAAAACGGACACAUGGUCCUUUGGGGUGCUGCUAUGGGAGAUCUUCUCUUUGGGCUAUAUGCCCUAUCCCAGUCGCAGUAACCAGGAAGUGUUGGAGUUUGUCACCAGUGGGGGAAGGAUGGACCCUCCCAAAAACUGCCCAGGGCCUGUGUACCGGAUAAUGACACAGAGUUGGCAGCAUCAACCGGAAGACAGGCCCAACUUCUCCACCAUCUUGGAAAGGAUUGACUACUGCUUACAGGACCCCGAUGUGGUGACUGUUCCCUUGCCUGUGGAAUAUGGCCCCCUCCCUGAAGAGGAGGAGCGGGUACCCAUGCACCCUGAGGACCCCACGGCCCCCCCCCUGCUGGUGUCCACUCUGAUGCCUGACGGUGUGGGCCCCGCACCGCCACCGUCAGCCCCCAAGCCCACCGAGGAGAAUCGAAGAGUUGAACAACCCCUCCUCCUUACCAACCAGCUCCCCGAAACAUGCAAGCCCCAGGCGAUGGCUCAACAACCCCAGCCCCAUCCCCAGACAUUCAUCAUGACCACAGCCACCUCCAAGGCACCUCCCCCCAUCUCCACCCAGCAACCUAACCCAGACGGUGGCCACGUCAAUCUGGCCUUCACCCAGGGCCACCCUGGGGAUAAGGAGGGUCGCAAUGGGAAACCCACCAACCUGUGGAACCCCACUUAUGGCUCCUGGUUCCUCCAGCUGCAACAGCAGAAGAAGCAGCAGCAUCAGCAACAACCGCAGCAACAACAACAGCUGCAGCAAAAGCAGGAAAGAGUGGGCAGUGGAGGUGGGGGAGUUGGGGGUGGGAGGGUGCCAGGCGAGGGGCAGGAGCACAAGGGACGGACUGUGGCCGAGGCGGUGGGGGCCCUGAGUCUCCAGCAGCACAAGCAGCAGUUCCAGCCACCAUACCCCUUCCAUCCACAGCAGCAACAGCAGAUGCAGCUCUUACAUCACCAGCAGCAGCAACAGCAGGGGUUCUGCAGGCCGCUUUUGCCACCUCCGCCACCACCCCAGGCUACCUCCUUGGGUACCACUGAUCCUACCCCUUCCCCGCUCCUGUUAGAUUCCGCCGCCCUACCCCCGGUCCCUCUAUUUAGACUUCGCAGAUUCCCCUGCGGGAACAUCGGCUAUGGCUACCAGGAGCAAGGGUUACCCCUAGAGGCAGCCCACCACCACCAGAAUCCUGUCUCUGUCAACCCCCCUCCUCCACCGCCCCCUCCCCCGCCACCCGUGGCCCUCCAGAGAGGAGUGGCGGGGACCCAGCUCUCGCUGAGCCACUCGACGACGGCCAAAGCCGAGGACAGCCUCCCUCUGCUGGUCACCAUGGGGACGGUGCAGGAACCGAGGCUGCCACGGAUGGAGGGCCACAAUGCCACAGUGCUUUAG